CCGGGCCAGGCCCUGGCUGGAGCCUGGCGGGAGCUGCUCUCACUGCCGAAGCCACAGUCCGAGCUGCCGGGGUCGGAGCUAGCGCGCAGGCCGGGCGGGAGCGGGUCCAGCUUGCCACCUGACGCGCGGGUCGGAGGGUGGGCCGGCUUGUCAGCCUUGGAGUCUGGGCAUUGUCGGGGGCAGCGAGCGGCCACCCCGUGGGCACCACCGGACGCGGGAACCUGGAUCACCCCUCCCAGGCCUGGGCAUCGCCGAGCACGCAGGAGAUCCCAGGGUUUGGACGGAGGAUUCUAAGAGCUCAGCUGGCCUCUAGGCGAGCAGAAGAGUGGAGACUUCAGCUGGCACGGGACAGAGGUGCCUGGAGCUUACUAGGCCAGACUGGACACCAGAGACCCUGGCAUCCCUGCGCUCACGCUCUGGGUGCUGUCCUGCCGGGGCCGCGGACACAGCAUAGCCCUGGACCUUGACUGGCACGGGCUUGGCGCAAGAAGUGCCCUCACGUGUCUGAGACAAGGAAUUGGACCCAAGGAGGAAAAGGAAGAACAGCCCCAAAGUGGGGCUCUCUGGUGGCCCACAGUUGGCCACUAGGGAGCUGGCCUUCCACCCGGGCCCCCCUGGUACGGAUGUGCCGCCGCCCGCUGGAGCACCAUGACGGCGGGAUGACUUCCACUAAGGCAGCGGUGAUGGCAGGCGGGGCUCGGGUGGCCGGGUCCCCCGAGUGGCCCCCCGGGCCUCCCCCAGCCCUUGGGUGGCCCCGCCGGGCCCGGGUGGCCGUGGCAGCACUGGUGUGGCUGCUGGCGGGAGCCAGCAUGUCGAGCCUCAACAAGUGGAUCUUCACGGUGCACGGCUUCGGGCGGCCGCUGCUGCUCUCUGCGCUGCACAUGCUGGCUGCGGCGCUGGCCUGCCACCGAGGGGCCCGGCACCCCAUGCCCGGCCGCACCCGCCGCCAAGUGCUAUUGCUAAGCUUCACUUUUGGCACGUCUAUGGCCUGCGGCAACGUGGGCCUGAGCACUGUGCCCCUGGACCUGGCACAACUGGCCACCACCACCACUCCGCUGGUCACCUUGGCCCUGUCGGCUCUGGUCCUUGGCCGGCGCCACCACCCGCUGCAGUUCGCCGCCAUGGGCCCCCUUUGCCUGGGGGCCGCCUGCAGCCUGGCGGGUGAGCUGCAGGCACCGCCUGCCGGCUGUGGUUUCCUGCUGGCUGCCACCUGCCUCCGUGGCCUCAAGUCCAUUCAGCAGAGUGCCCUGCUGCAGGAGGAGAAGCUGGAUGCGGUGACCCUGCUGUAUGCCACCUCGCUGCCCAGCUUCUGCCUGCUGGCGGGCGCCACUCUGGUGCUGGAGGCCGGCGUGGCAUUGCCGCCAGCUCCCACUGACUCCCGCCUCUGGGCCUGUAUCCUUCUCAGUUGCCUCCUGUCCAUCCUCUACAACCUGGCCAGCUUCUCCCUGCUGGCCCUCACUUCUGCCCUCACCGUCCACGUCCUGGGCAACCUCACUGUCGUGGGCAACCUCAUCCUGUCCCGGCUUCUCUUUGGCAGCCGCCUCAGUGCCCUCAGCUAUGUGGGAAUUGCGCUCACCCUUUCAGGAAUGUUCCUUUAUCACAACUGCGAGGUCGUGGCCUCCUGGGCUGCCCGCUGGGGCUUGUGGCGGAGGGAAAAGCCUGACAAGGGUCUUUGAGGCCUGAGGAUGUUCAUGGGCCUCCUGGAACAGCCCCAGCCUGAGUCUGGGUGUGGCCAGCGACUGUGAGAAAAGUGGCGCACCGGCAGCCACCACCUCUGGGGCCGUGGUGGACAUGCUGUGGAAAGGUCACCUUGGAGGUUGGAAUGGGGACUGCCAGAGACGCACCCCAUCUCUGCCUGCCUCUCCAUGUCAUGGACCCUUCUCACCACUGGAUGGUGGGUCUUAGCCUGGCACGAUCACUGUACUUGUCAGAGUAAUCACCACAAUUAGUAUCAACACCGCUUGAAGUUGCUGGCCAAGUUCUGGAAACUUCACCCAGCUCUGAGGAGGCCGUUGCUGAUUCCUGGCGGUCGCACAAUCCUUCCGGAAAUUGGGGGAGGCAGCUAGGGGGCCCAGGGAAGAGCUUCUUUGCUGUGGGCUCCCCCCAGGGAAUGGGGUCAUCGUGCCAACUCCAGGUAGCUGCUGUGGCCUCACCCUGGGCCCCCCAAUUUUGGGUCUUCCAUCCUCAAAUAAACUAUUUU